UAUUUUUCCUAUCUCUACGCCCCCGCUCUUCGCUUUCCCUUGGAGGUUCGCGUUUCCACCCGGACGAACCGGAGCGACGGACUCUCCUGGCGGUGGGCGCAGCUGUUCCUUCCCUUGCUCGCCUCAUGGCUUUCAACUUCGGGGCGGCGGCUGGCGCGGCGGCCACCCCGAACCCCGCGGGAUUUGGUGGGCUUGAAACAGCAAACUCCACUGCCAGUGGGUUUAAUUUUGGGGGUUUCGGAUUAACCGCUAGCCCUGCAGUGAAUUUUAAUAUUGGGAAUUUUGGUGUUCCUACUACCUCAACGCCACCAUUCAAUUUUGGUAACAGUCUGGCCAGCGCAGGGGCCUUUGGAGGAUUUGGGACGACAGCGACGACCGGUGGCUCCACCUUUAGCUUCUCCGCUCCUACCAACACAGGCACUGGUGGCCUCUUUGGGGCUACGCAGAACAAAGGUUUUGGAUUUGGUACUGGCUUUGGAACGGCCGCAGGCACCAGUACCGGCCUUGGAACAGGUUUGGGAACAGGUUUGGGAUUUGGAGGUUUCAACACCCAGCAGCAGCAACAACAACAGCAAACCUUAGGAGGUCUCUUCAGCCAGCCUGCACAGCCUCCUGCGCAGUCCAACCAGCUCAUCAAUACCGCCAGUGCCCUUUCUGCCCCAACCCUCCUGGGGGAUGAGCGAGAUGCUAUUUUGGCCAAGUGGAACCAGCUGCAGGCAUUUUGGGGAACAGGCAAGGGGUAUUUCAACAAUAACAUUCCGCCGGUGGAGUUCACACAGGAAAAUCCAUUCUGCAGAUUUAAGGCUGUGGGCUAUAGCUGCAUGCCCAACAACAAGGACGAAGACGGCUUGGUAGCAUUGGUCUUCAAUAAAAAGGAAACAGAGAUCCGAAGUCAGCAGCAGCAGCUUGUGGAAUCACUGCACAAACUCUUGGGUUCAAACCAGACACUCACUGUCAAUGUUGAAGGCGUAAAGACAAUGCCAGAUGACCUGACUGAGGUUGUCAUCUAUGUUGUGGAACGGUCGCCAAAUGGGACUUCCAGGCGUGUUCCUGCGACUACUUUGUAUGCGCACUUCGAACAGCCAAAUAUCAAAGGCCAACUGCAGCAGCUUGGAGUUACCCUCACCAUGGCUAGAACUGAACUUUCUCCUGCACAGAUCAAGCAGCUGCUGCAGCACCCCCCUGCAGGUGUUGAUCCUAUCAUUUGGGAACAAGCCAAAGUGGAUAAUCCAGAUCCUGAAAAGCUCAUUCCCGUUCCAAUGGUUGGCUUUAAAGAGCUCUUGAGGAGGCUGAAGGUGCAAGAUCAGAUGACGAAGCAGCAUCAAACCAGAUUAGAUAUUAUAUCAGAAGAUAUAAGUGAGCUUCAAAAAAACCAGACGACAACAAUGGCCAAGAUAGCUCAAUACAAGAGAAAACUAAUGGACCUUUCCCACAGGGCAUUACAGGUGUUGAUCAAGCAGGAGAUCCAAAGGAAAAGUGGCUACGCCAUCCAAGCGGAUGAGGAACAGCUUCGUGUGCAAUUGGAUACCAUACAAUGUGAACUUAAUGCACCUACGCAGUUCAAGGGUCGGUUAAAUGAACUCAUGUCACAGAUCAGGAUGCAGAACCACUUUGGAGCAGUGAGAUCUGAAGAGAGGUACUACAUUGAUGCAGACCUCUUGCGAGAAAUCAAGCAGCAUUUGAAGCAGCAGCAAGAAGGCCUGAGCCACUUGAUCAGUAUCAUCAAAGAUGACCUGGAAGAUAUAAAGCUGGUAGAACAUGGAUUAAAUGAAAGCAUCCCUAUCAGAGGAGGUGUCUUCAGCUGAUGGGUCCCUUCCUUUCUCCAGAAGCCAGCAGAAGAUCCUGCUUUCCUCUCCAUGACCCCGAGCUCACUAGGUGUGUUUUAAAACAAUAAACCUUAGUGUGGGUUCUGAGAGAGACCACCGGGGCUACUGGCAUUCUUCCCAUUUUUAGCAGCAUUGACCUUCAUGAAGAUUAGACUUAUAAAGCGAUGCUUGGUUUCAAAAAGAAAGACUUGAACCAUUAGAAAUCUGUUCUGUGAUCUAAACCCAUGUUUCUACAAUAUCAAGUUCAUGUUUUGGAUGAAUGUAUUAAUAUUGAUAGAAAAUACAGUUUGUUUUUUUUUUACGGGAGCCAUAAUACAAAAUAGCUGGGGGUUUUUGUGUGUGUGUGCCCACAAAACAUUGUUGAAACUUUCUAGAUAAAUUGCUUACAAAUAACUCUGAGACGUGUGCUUUGUUGGGGAAACAUCCAAGUGUCCUCUGUGCUGCUUUGGGGAAAGGUUAUGCAAAAUAAGUACAGAAGUCUCGUAUCCACAGGUGAUCCGUUCCAGGAUCAACUGCAGAUACAAGGAACCCACUGAAGACAGUGAGAGGAGAUGGUAGGUGCGUAGAUGGACUGUGGGCUGAGUUGCAGCAGCAAGCAACCAUGGAUAGCUGAAAGUGCGGAUAUGGGGGGGCCGCUUGCUGUAUUAGUGCAAAGUGAUUUUUUUUAAUAGCCAGAACCAUCAGCCUGAAUUUUACUUCUUCAGAACUCACAGUGCCACUCAUUAAAAGGUAAUAAAAACAAAUGUU